UCCUAUAUAUAUUGAGUAACAAUGAACAUUUUCCUCAACUAAAAAAAAAGAUUUGAGCACUAGAAGUCUAGCACAUCUCAAAUGGCCUCAAUUUUCAAGCUUCUCUCCGUGGUUCUUUUUCUUGGUUUAGUUUUUCAAGGUGUUGCAGCAAAUUGUCCCAUUGAGGGGAGAUUUAGCAUUAGCCAAUCACAAACACCAGACUGGGCACAUGGCAUGCCACAAUGGAAAGUGAAAGUCACUAACAAAUGUGCGUGUGCUCAAUCACAAGUGAAGUUGAACUGCAGUGGAUUUCAAACAAACUUUGUUGAGAACCCAUCAAUUUUGAACAUUUCUGGCAAUGUGUGUCUUCUAAAAAACGGUCUUCCCAUUGGUAUAGGUGAAACUGUAGAGUUUUUGUAUGCAUGGCUUCCUAAGUUUCCAUUUCAACCCAUUUCUUCUAUAGGAGAUUGCAACUAAUUGAUCUUAAGUAGGAGGAUUGCAGAUAUUAUUUAUUUGGUCAUGUAAAAGUUUAAUUAAUGAAAGCUACAAAUGAAAUAAUUUGUUAUUAUUUCCC